UCAGAAAACUUGAGAAAGCAGAACACAAUAUUGUGUAUACACACUGAAAAUGAACACGUGCAUGGAUGGAAUGGAACAUGAAAAGGAAACCAUGGAGAAAGAGCUGCGGAACACCAUUCUUUUUAAUGCAUACAAAAAGGAAGUAUUUACCACCAACAAUGGCUAUAAAUCCAUGCAGAAGAGACUUCGGAGCAAUUGGAAGAUUCAGAGCUUAAAAGAUGAAAUCACAUCUGAGAAGUUAAUUGGGGUGAAACUGUGGAUUACAGCUGGGCCAAGGGAAAAAUUUACUGCAGCUGAGUUGGAAGUCCUGAAGAAAUACCUUGAUGGCGGUGGAGAUAUCCUUGUGAUGCUAGGAGAGGGUGGGGAAUCCAGAUUUGACACCAAUAUUAACUUUCUCCUAGAAGAAUAUGGAAUCAUGGUUAAUAAUGAUGCUGUGGUUAGAAAUGUAUAUUAUAAGUAUUUCCAUCCUAAAGAAGCUCUAGUUUCCAAUGGAGUCUUGAAUAGGGAAAUUAGCCGAGCUGCAGGGAAGGCCGUGCCUGGAAUCAUUGAUGAGGAGAGCAGUGGAAACAAUGCUCAGGCUCUUACCUUUGUCUAUCCUUUUGGUGCCACAUUGAGUGUCAUGAAACCAGCAGUGGCUGUUCUGUCCACAGGCUCUGUCUGUUUCCCGCUUAACAGACCCAUUCUCGCUUUCUAUCACUCGAAGAAUCAAGGCGGGAAACUGGCAGUGCUUGGCUCAUGUCACAUGUUCAGUGACCAAUAUUUGGAUAAAGAAGAAAACAGCAAAAUCAUGGAUGUGGUUUUCCAGUGGCUGACAACAGAAGACAUCCACCUCAACCAGAUUGAUGCUGAGGACCCAGAGAUUUCCGACUACAUGAUGCUGCCCGACACGGCCACCCUGUCCGAGCGGCUUCGAGUGUGUCUCCAGGAGGGCGAUGAGAACCCACGGGAUUUUACCACCCUCUUCGAUCUGUCUGUUUACCAGCUGGAUACCACAUCCCUCCCCAAGGUCAUCAAGGCUCAUGAACAGCUAAAUGUGAAACAUGAACCUCUCCAGCUCAUCCAGCCUCAGUUUGAGACGCCGCUGCCAGCCCUUCAGCCAGCGGUCUUCCCUCCCAGUUUCAGGGAAUUGCCACCUCCUCCGCUGGAGCUGUUUGACUUAGACGAGACGUUCUCUUCUGAGAAGGCACGGCUUGCUCAGAUUACCAAUAAGUGUACUGAAGAAGACCUGGAAUUCUAUGUCAGGAAGUGUGGCGACAUUCUUGGAGUAACCAGUAAACUACCAAAGGACCAACAAGAUGCCAAACAUAUCCUUGAGCAUAUCUUCUUCCAAGUGGUGGAAUUCAAGAAAUUGAACCAGGAACAUGAUGUUGAUACAAGUGAAACAGCAUUCCAGAACCAUUUCUGAGGACCGUGCCUCCUGAAGCAUUUUCUGCCUCCUGAUUCUCUUUGUAAACUAUUUUUCAGUUGUUGCUGAACUCCUUUAUCAAAAUUGUCUAUGCACUCUUUCUUCUAUGGGCUGUGGAAGGUUUGUGUAUCUUCCGUAGGUAUAACAUUUCUAACUUAGAAGAUCCUUAUGUGAGAUACGUUCCAUUUUUUUAAAUUAAAUCGGAUUGAAUCUGUACUUUUAUAAUUUAUGAAACAGUCUCACUGAAGUGUUUUCUUCCAAUUCCAGUUCUGGAUUUGAGUCGCUUUUAUCAAAGGCAUAAAUAACUCUCA